AUGACCGCAGCCGGCUCCUCGCCCAUGAGGUCCCCGCUGGGCACGGAGGCGCCGCGCUCUGUCUUCUCUCCACCCACGUCCCCACGCUUACUGUACGGCACUCAGCCAGACCUCCAGCAUCAAGGCCAUGCCAUGCAGACUCUACUCCCUGACAUGCCAAGCGGAACGCCACGCCGGGUCGUUCCUUCGCCGAUUUCGACCCAGCUCUACCAUCACCAUAUCACGCCGUUCUGCCAACAGCAGCCUUCCGUUACUAUCAAUACCCCACCCCAGAUUUCCACCUUCUUUACGCAACCGUUUUGUGCCUCAAACUAUGCUCCCUCCACCCCUACCUUCUCUCGAUCAGUCGCUGGAAGCAUUCCUUCCUCCCAGGCAAACCUCUGUCCACCUCUAUCGCCAUUUCCUCCACCGCUGUCUGUCAGUCCUUAUCCCGGUCAAGCACCUAGUAUUCAACUGAGUCCUCUACCGGGAAGCAGUGUUACCGGAAGUCUCACCGGAAGUCUCACGUCGCCGCGAGACAUGUCACAUGACUUGCUGCUUCAGGAGAUCACGAGUCUACGAGAGAGACUUGCCUGCUUGGAGAGUGAGAACGCCGCGAUGACAGUGAAGCUAAAUCAACAACAGUGGGAUGUCGAACACCGCUUGGCCGAAAUUGAGAUGCACAUGUGCGGGAGUGAUAGCGUGGCCAGUGUCGAUGGUAGCGCCACCACCGGCGAUGACAAACUACUUGAACCAGUAAACAGGGAGUCUAUUAUAUGA